AUGGAUAUAUUCUGGGCGGCUCCUCCAGUCACUAGGACUCUCACCACUUUGACUUUGAUUCAAUCCGCUGUGACUUAUGGUGGCUUAUGGAACUUUUAUUAUGUGCCAUUCGUACCAAGCCUGAUAUUCCAAUGGCCUCCGCAGAUCUACAGACUGGUCACACCAUUUUUACUAACCGGGCCGAAGCUAGACUUUGUCUUUGACCUUUACUUCAUUUACCGCUAUGGCGGUGCCGUGGAGAGGAGCAUGGCCGCAGGAGAGUUCUUCGUGUAUCUCCUGUUUGUAGCUUUCAACCUCAUGCUCACCGCAGGUGCUUACCUGAACGCGAUGAUCCUCACACAUUCCAUGAUCAUGGCUUUCGUCUACACCUACUCCCAGACGAACCGAGGAACGAAAACCAGAUUCUUCUUCAUCGACAUCCCAACGGUUGCCCUGCCGUAUGCAAUGCUCCUCGUCGAAAUGGUUAGGAAUGGGUGGCAUAGUGCUCUGAUAGAGGCAAUGGGAAUUCUCGCUGCCCACCUUUACGAUUUCCUCACUCGCAUCUACCCGACCUUCGGUGGUGGAAGGAAUUUCAUCACUGUCCCGGGAUUCGUGGAGAGGACAGCGGAAAUAGAGGAUAUGGCACGGCAGUUCGCCCACCAAGGCCGGGUAACCAGCCAUCGUCAGCAACAACGUCAGGAGUAUCCUUGGGUGGCUGGACAUCUUCGAGUUCUUGGAGCGGCAGAGGCGCUGGUCGGAGACUUGGCUAGAUCGAGACAUGUAUCCAUGCAGAUUCUACCAACAUGCUGCCGCACUCGCAAAAUUUCCUUCGACAAAAUCUUCGGGGUUUUCACCGCGCAUUCCUCAACGACAACCAACAAAAUGGCAGUUGUCAAGACCUCGGAGAUGGACUACGCCAUCAAGCCUGAAGCGUCUGUUCCUUCCGUUGAUACUUCGGAUUGGCCGCUUCUGCUUAAGAACUAUGAGAAGCUGCUCGUUCGGACCGGUCACUUCACCCCUAUCCCUGCUGGCUCUUCCCCCUUGAGCCGUGACCUCAAGUCAUAUAUCAGCUCCGGUGUUAUCAACCUCGACAAGCCCUCCAACCCUUCCAGUCAUGAGGUCGUGGCUUGGAUGAAGCGGAUUCUCAGAUCCGAGAAGACCGGUCACAGUGGUACCCUUGAUCCCAAGGUCACUGGAUGUUUGAUUGUCUGCAUCGACCGUGCCACCCGUCUGGUUAAGUCCCAGCAGGGUGCUGGUAAGGAGUAUGUCUGUGUGAUUCGUCUGCACGACAAGAUCCCCGGUGGCGAGGCCCAGUUUGUCCGCGCUUUGGAGACCUUGACCGGUGCGCUCUUCCAGCGUCCCCCUCUCAUCUCCGCCGUCAAGCGUCAGCUCCGUAUCCGUACUAUCCACGAGAGCAAGAACUACGAGUUCGACAACGAGCGCCACCUUGGUGUCUUCUGGGUCAGCUGUGAGGCCGGUACCUACAUCCGUACCCUCUGUGUCCACCUUGGUCUCCUCCUCGGUGUUGGUGCCCACAUGCAGGAGCUUCGCCGCGUUCGCUCCGGAGCCAUGGACGAGAGCAAGGGUAUGGUCACUUUGCACGACGUGAUGGAUGCCCAGUGGGUUUACGAUAACAACCGCGACGAGUCUUACCUCCGCAAGGUCAUCAGCCCACUCGAGUCCCUGCUCACCAGCUACAAGCGUAUCGUCGUCAAGGACAGCGCUGUUAACGCCGUCUGCUACGGUGCCAAGCUGAUGAUUCCUGGUCUCCUCCGCUACGAGGCCGGAAUUGAGUGCCACGAGGAGGUUGUCCUCAUGACCACCAAGGGUGAGGCUAUUGCCAUUGGUAUUGCUCAGAUGUCUACCGUCGAGCUUACCACCUGCGACCACGGCGUUGUUGCCAAGGUCAAGCGUUGCAUCAUGGAGCGUGACCUGUACCCCCGCCGCUGGGGCUUGGGACCUACUGCCCUUGAGAAGAAGAAGAUGAAGACUGCUGGUACUCUUGAUAAAUAUGGCCGCACCAACGAGGCUACUCCCGCCAAGUGGAAGAGCGAGUACAAGGACUUCAACCUCCCUCUGGGCGAGACCCCCGCCGCUGCCGCCCCUCCCACUGUCACCAAGACUGAGACCGAGGCCCCCAAGGCUGAAUCCCCCGAACCCGUGAAGGAGGAGUCCGACAACAAGAAGCGCAAGCACGACGGCGAGACAGCCGAGGAGAAGGCCGAGCGCAAGAAGAAGAAGAAGGAGAAGAAGGAGAAGAAAGAGCGCCGGAAGUCCAAGCAGCAGGAUGAUAGCGAUGACAGCGACUAG